UCCUACAUGGCGGUUUUUACCGAUGAUGUUGCGUCCGACUGACUUGUUGCAUCCUGUAUACGGACGCAAGACUGACUAUAUCUCAAAUUCAGCCAGAAGUAGUGGAAAGGUUAGUACAAUGGCUGGGUGAAAUAUUGGCAUGGACGUUGUUUUGUCACUGGAGUGCCUUUCAGCGUAUUUCUUAGUUCCGCUGUUUGACGCGCGAAUUUUGGAGGGCGCUCUUUUGCAUCGUAUAUCAGUGGCGUAUAUUCGAUAUUUUGUUUUCGUACAAAACGUCGAUAAUGUGGCUUCUGUAUAUAAUAAAAGUUUUUAUCAAUUCUAAUGUGAGAUUUAAUUGCGUCACACAAAACGACAUUAUCCAGAACAAACGUGGGGCCCACAGAGGUGAGGGAGCGGAGUUCGCACGCGACAUGCAAGCGGCAUGUUUUUGUUAUAUUUCGGCCUUAAAACGCGGACGUAACGACGCUUGUGGUAUAAAUAUUGUAUAGUGGAAGUAAAAUAGCAGGCAUCAUGAAAAGAAGUGCCAGGAUACUCGCAUUAGCAAGAGGAAAUAAAGAAAAUUCACGUGAUUUAUUUGAUUCAACGUUGUUCAAUGAGGAACAAAUAUCUGUUUCAAGUCCUGAUUUUUCUGACACAGAUUCCAAUUAUGCACCGCCUGUACAAGAUACUUCAUCUGAUGAAUCUUACUUAUACGAUGACAAGAUUUUGGAUCGAUUUUGCUCAUUUGGCAAUGUACCUCAUUCAUCAGAAAAGUUUCAUCAGAAAAACUACUCAUUAUUAGAACUCAAGCCCAUAUCCGCCAGAAACAUUGAGCAGCCUUUAAAUGAAGAAACCUCGGUAAUCUGUAGUGAUAGUAUUUUAAGUGAUAUAAGUAAUUCUCCUGGCACAACUCUUAGUGUGGAUAGUAGAUUAUUAAAACCAGUAUCCAUAUCGACACAUAAAUCUAAUUCUGUUGUUUCGGGGGACACUGCAACUGUUAGCAUUAGUAACCAUACCCAAGAAGAUGAGCUUACAAAUGAUGAUGAUUUUAUCAUACCAAAGAAACCACCUAAAUGCAACCGCGCUAUCCGAAGUAAGGACUACUGUUUUUUCUGUGAAGGUUUUGUUUUAAAUUUUGCCAGACAUUUAACUAGACAUCAUGUUUAUGAACCUGAAGUCCAAAAAUUUUAUCGGUGUCCAAAAAAAGUCAAGAAAGAAAAAAUCUUAUCAUGGCACUACGAAAAAAAGGAAAUUUUAUUCAAAAUUCAGUAG